GGUGGCGACCUUCUCUCGGACAGUGUCCUUCGCGACGCCCACAACAAAUCGUGGUUAAAUACCCUCGGAGAACGUACGCUGACCCUGCUUGCUCAGCAGACAGGAUGGAUGGGAAGAGGCUUAUGUGCAGAGGCUGAGAGAAGCUUUGAUGAGGUGAUGAUUCAAUGCAAACGACCCGGAUGUGGCUUGCAAGGGAACGGAAGUACUUUGGAACUGACAAGUUGCAAGACGGCACAGCAUGUCCUGAACAGCCAGGUUGAGAUUGAUGAGCCCAACAACGAGUUCAACCUGAUGCGCAAGCUGGGAGUAGACUCAGAGACGGGUGACUUGCAAUGGCACAUUGCACUUUCUCGUCAAACGGGAGAGCAGCUUUUGGGCUACUUUCCGACCAUAUCCGAGACACCCGACUUGGGCAAAGAGAACAACCUGUCACCAUGGAUUUCAAACGUCAACAUGCUACCUACCGAGACCGCGUUUAACGUGAAGCCGGGAGACCUAGCCUUUGACGUAGGCAGACAAGGCAAGCCCUGCAUGCAAGCGUUUCCAGAGUUGGUGAAGAAAGGCCCAGACGAUGCAGGCAACCGCAGAGCCGCUUCGCGUAUCCAGCCAACCCCGAGCCAGCGCAUCUUCAAUGCAGCGAGACGGGCUCGAACAGUAUCUCUGAAGGAGACCUUCGCUGUCCUUUGCAUUGAGAGCAUGGAUGCUGGCAGCAACGCAGAAGUAGUUGAGGUCACUGAGUCCGGCUGCAGACGCCUCAAGUCCGUCUGCCCAGGGAUCACCAAAGCCAAGCUGAUGGCAGAUCGACUUGAUGAAGCAGCGCUUGCUUCCAUCCGAGCUUGCUUUGAAAGGAUCCUUCAUGCAGCUGGUGAGCAGCCUCUGGUAGGCAUCACUUUCGACAUCGGCUGCCUCUGGUUAAAGCAUCAGCGAUGCCUGCGCCAGCUGUUCCCUGAACGGCUGGUACUUGCAUCACCCUUGGUUCAAAUACCCCUUAUACGGACGUGUUUGAGCACGAGGGGAAGGACCUUGCUGGUCAAAUGGGGAGAUGAAGAUGGUGGAUCUGGCAUCCAAGCCUUUUUGGAGGCUUCCGGCAUUUGCUUGGACAAUCGGGUGGAAGCUCUGAAUCUGUGCACAUCUGACGAGAAGUGUUCGUGGACGACUAUGUCCCUAGGGCAAGCCUGGAAAAGCGAGCUCGUGACCAGGAUUCAUCGUCGCGUGCGGGAGUUGUUCUCCAAAGACAUCAUCGUCGACAGCAUCCUGUUGGAUGGGGGCUUCAGUGAAGUUACGGCGGCUGUGCGUGAUGCGACAGACCUGCCAGUAUUCGAUGAAGUGUCUAUGAUGCGCCUUUUUUCUUCGGCAUCAUCGCUGAGUCACUUCAGCGAGGCAUGCGUGCUGGGGCGUUUGGAGGCAAAGUUGCAGAAGAGCAAGUCUGAUGAUGCCCACUGCGAGCAGAAGCCGCCUCCGCUGGGGGUUGUGCAGCUGGAUUCCUAUGAGUACCCGCGCGCCAUGGGGGACGCCGACCACCCGAGCACCUUCAGUUUCCGUACAUGUUCCAAAGUUGCCCCAGGGAUACACUUCGAGAAAGCCCAGCGGGCGGCACAAGAGCCAGAAGCACUGGCGAGCUUGAAGAAGGCUGCUGAAGAACUGGAGUUGCAAAAGUGCUUUGCCAUAGCUGGGAACUGUGGCUUCAUGCAUUUUUACCAGGGCCUUCUCCGAGAUGCUGUAGACGUACCGGUGUUUAUGAGUGCUCUCGUCCAAAUCCCGACGCUGCUGGCCUCUCUGGACCCUGAAGACAGGAUCCUGCUUCUCACGGCAAACGAAUCAUCCUUCAAUCGAGCAAAACACGUGCUUCUCCAAGCUGAGUGCUUCCACCUACAAGACCCCGACAGGAUUGUUGUUCGAGGUUGUGAAAAUGUGCCAGGUUCCGAUACCUGUAGCUUCAGGAAAAGGAGGCUACACAUUCCACAUUGUCCCAUGGUCAGCGAAGGUUAUGUGGAGGAGAUCUUGGCGGAGGAGAGGGGUAAGGGUCCCAUCGGGCUGAUCCUGCUAGAGUGUACUGAAUUACCUCAUUACGCCGCCGAGUUGCGUCGAGUCAGUGGCCUGCCAGUUUUCGAUCUUGUCACGUGCGCCAACUUUUUCGCCAGGGAAUUGCUAGGGGAUGGGUCUAAUUAUUUGAAGCCCAACUCUAGUAUAUGUUCUAGCUAA